AUGUCGCUGCCCUCAAGUGAGUUCAAUACAUCAGGCUUGGAUGUAUUGGAUGGAAGAGGAACGUCUGGGCACACGCUAUGCGAGAACUGUGUGGAAAUGCUGUUUGUGCGCGGCUCGGGCACCUGUGUGCAGUGCAACACACCCCUGAGGAAGAACAACUUCCGCGAGCAGCUGUUUGAAGACCCGGCCGUGGACAAGGAGGUGCAGAUUCGCAAGAAGGUGCUGAAAAUAUACAAUAAGAGAGAGUUUGACUUCCCCAGUCUGAGAGAAUAUAAUGACUACUUGGAGCAAAUAGAGGACAUAGUGUUUAACUUAACCAACAAUGUUGACGUGGAGGACACCAAGCAGAAGAUGGAGCAGUACCAAAAGGAGAACAGAGAUCUCAUCCAGAGGAAUAAAGCUAAACUUUCACGAGAGCACGAGGAGCUGGAGGAGCGCCUGUUGCUGGAGCAGCAGGAGAGCAAUCAGCGGAGACUGGAGGUGCUCCAGGAGGAGCAGAGGCAGCUGCAGGCCAAGAGGAAGAACAAGCAGGCUCUGCUGGAUGAACUGGAACAGUCAAAACUGCCUGCCAGCAUCUUGCUUGCCCAACACAAAGACCGCACUGUCCAGCUGGAGACCCAGAUAGAAAAGCAGAAACAGUCGGUCAAACCUGCCACUGUGUUUUCUACAGGCAUCCUUAUGGGUCAGACAGUGUCUCUCCAGGCUGUGCCAACAAUAGCAGAGGCCCUUUACCACUACAAACCUUUUCAAGUUGAAACAUAUGGACCCCCGGUGCCUGAACUGGACCAGUUGAGCAGACUUGGGUAUCUGAACCACGUGCGGGCUGCCAUGCCACAGGACACAGCUGGAGGAUACACCUCAUCGUUGGCAUGUCAUCGUGCCCUCCAGGACGCUUUCAGUGGUCUGUUCUAUCUGAAAGGCUGAACCCAUCCAGCACAAAUGUGAACUGAAUAGACUGCAGAUACCCCACUUCUCCUACUAUAUGGAUGGACAAAAGCCGCUGUUGUAUGGUGGGUACUGUGCUAACUUGUUUUGGUUCAAAACAUUGUUUUUUUAUAUUUUGCUUUUUUUUUUUAUUUAAAU